ACAUAUAGCCCACUUUAACGUGCUAUGUAUUACACGUGAAAACAAAUCGUAUCUAGAUAAAAUUUAUUUAUUUUAUACAAUAAAAUUAUAAAAUAAUACCAAAAACUUUCAUAAAGUGUGGUAAAAUACUGUGAUAUUUUUAAAAUGGGUGCCGAAGUUGGUAUUGGAAGACAAUUCUUGAUUGCUGGAUGCUUAUAUAUAGGACAGUUAAUGUGUGGCUACGGGAUAGGGUGGUCAGCCCCCGCACUAGCCUUGCUGCAAAAUCCAGAGAAGACCAUAUUGGAAACUCCAAUAACUGUUGAACAAGCAUCCUGGAUUGUGUCUUCCAGUUUUGUUGGAUUUCUUACAGGUCCCUACGUCUCCGGGUACCUCUGCAAUGCAAUUGGCAGAAAGCCCUGUCUGUACGUUGGAGGAGUAUUCAUAGGUCUAGGAUUCAUGAUCUUGGCGUUAGCUAAACAUAUAGCUGUCAUGUAUGUUGGUAGGGCAGUCGUGGGGUUUGGUAUUGGAGUGCUAUUCGUCACAAAUCUUGUGUACCUUGGAGAGUUGGCAUCAAUAAGAAACCGUGGAACUCUUCUCACAUUAACAGGAUUCUCAAGCACUUGUGGUACUCUCAUAGCUUACUCUGUGGGACCAUUCGUGUCCUACGCUGCAAUAUCAUGGAUAGCCGUGGGUAUAGCGGUUGGUUACGUCAUUGGACUAUUCUUUAUUGUGCCAGAAACUGCUGUUUAUCUUGUUAUGGCAAAUAGGAGAGAUGAAGCUAUGGAACUCCUCACAUCGUUGGGCAGAAAGGAUGACAUAGAUGAUGUAGUGGCUAAAGCAAAUGAGAAACCAAUAUCAAACAAAGCUCAGAUGGCUGAGAUGUUCACUAUAAAGUCUAAUAGAAAAGCACUAUUUUUAAUCAUCACAUUAAACAUUUUGCAACAAUUGAGUGGAAUAAAUAUAGUGUUAUCAUUUUCUACGACUAUUUUCGAGUUGACUGGGUCGUCUAUGGAGCCCCAUAUAUCAACAAUUAUUGUGGGAGUCACACAAGUCGGUGCAGCGAGCAUUGCACCUCUGUUUGUAGAUAGAACUGGACGAAGGAUUCUCAUGUUGAUUUCUACUGCAGUCUGUUCUAUUAGCUUGUUUGCACUUGGCGCUUACUUCUUCUUGUUCGACAAUGAAUACGACAUUGCCGACGACCUCCAAUGGAUGGCCCUGGCGUCAGUCGUUCUGUACUUCAUCGCCUAUUUUAGUGGUUUCGGCAUCAUCCCCAACACCUUCAUCGGAGAAAUGUUCACUGACAACUGCAGAGGGUUCGGUUCCACCUUCACAGUCACUGUUGGGUGGGUUUUUGGUUUCGGUAUAACAGCUGCGUUUGGGUACAUGUUGCCGGGCUGGGGACCCAGUGUCACAUUUUGGAUCUUCGCUGGAGCUAGCGUCUUCGCCUGUUUGUUCAGCGCUGUAUUCGUACCUGAGACCAAAGGAAAGAGCAUGUUGGAAAUACAAGAGAUCUUAAGUAAAUAGACUGUGAUACUAUAUUAAGUUAUAAUAAAUUAUUUAAAUAGUUA